AUGGCGGGAGCCUCCGACCCACUGGAGGACAUGCUCUUCACCGAGGUGGACGAGAAGGCGGUCAGCGACCUGGUGGGCUCGCUGGAGUCUCAGCUGGGCGACAGGAAGACUCCCGCCGCUCCUUAUUCCGACGGCAAACGGGAGGCAGCUGCAGCCGCUGCCGGCCACUUCUCAGGGAAAGUGCGCGAUCCGGCGGGGUCCGCGGAGCCGCAACAAGGGCAUCCGAAAGCGGGGUUAACCCCGGAGCCGGGCGCUAACGAGCCGCUGUCCGGGAAAAGCCUCCCCGCCUCUACCUCCGCUGCCGCCGCCGGGGCCGCGGUCACCGCCGGAGCCAGCCUGCCGGCCGUCGGAGCGACUCCACCGACUGUUUCUCCCGGACCGGGACCCGUAACUUUGAGCAGUCAGCCCGCCGCCGCUAGCUUCCAGCGGGCGGCUGUCCUGGGUCCGAGCGCGGCUCCCAGCGGCGCCGCGGCGCCCGCGGCGGAGGUCCGGACCUCGUCUCCCGGGGUGCAAAGUUUAAACGGCGGCGCCGUAAAGUUGGUGAACUCGCCCGGGGUCCCUCCGCCCGGCGCCGCUCCGCCCGCCGGGACCGGCUCGGUGGUCAGCGGGAGCUCCGCUAUCGCCGCCCCCAGCUUCCCGGUGAGCUCCUCCGCCGUGGCCCUGCAGAGGCUCCCCAGCCCGGCGGCCAGCGUGGCCCAGAACGGGGUGGACCCGAAAGGAGCCCCGCUGGUGGCCCCGUCCGCCUCCAGCGCUCCGGUCCUGAACCACAGCAGCCCGCUGAUGCACACCAAGAUGCUGGUUCCGGGACAGCCCGCCUCCGGGAGCUCCGUGAUCCUGACCAGCACCCCCCCACCGGCCGCCCAGUCCCCCAUCAGCCAGACCCAGACUGGGACCAGUCCGGUACCGGCCGUGCCCCUGGCCAAGCCCGCAGUGAACGGGGUGGCCCAGCCGGCGGUGGCCCUGGUGAGGCCGCCCGGAGCCCCGGUGGUGGCCACCUCCAUCCAGCCGCAGAGACCCGCGCUGGUGGCCGGUGCCGCCCGGGCAGCCGCCCCCCAGCCGGCGCUGGCGGUCAGGCCCCAGCAGCAGACCACCAUCCAGCUGCCGCCCGGCUUCACCAUGCCACCAGGUAUGGUUCUGGUCCGGACUGAGGCGGGUCAGCUGGUCAUGGUUCCUCAGCAGGUUCUGGCGCAGGCUCAGGCCAAGACUCAGCAGAGCCAGACGGUGGCCAGCAUCACCCAGAGAGCCGUGACGCCCACACCCGGCGCCACCAUCCGGGUCAGCACCGCCACCACGACGCCUGGAACUCCUCAGACCGUCCGCCUGGCCUCCCCCGCUCAGACCAGAAUGGUUCAGGCCCCCUCCACCACCACUGUACAGACCCUGGCGGUGGCGCCCGGUGGUGCCGCCGUGUCGGUAAAGAUGGCGCCUCAGAAGGCUCCAACUGUCAUCACGGCUGGCGGGACGCCCGUCGCUAAAGCCACCGGCGUCCCGUCCUCCCCCUUGACCAGCACCACCCCCUCCCCCACCGCCUCACCUGCAGCCAGAGUCACCGUGGUGUCGCAGGAGAUGCAGGAAAACGUGAAGAAAUGCAAGAACUUCCUGGCUACGCUCAUCAAGCUGGCGUCCCACAACUCUCCUUCCCCAGAUACCUCCAAGAAUGUGAAGGCCCUGGUGCAGGACCUGCUCGAUGCAAAGAUCGAGCCUGAGGAGUUCACCACUCGGCUGCAGGCUGAGCUGAAGUCCUCCCCACAGCCCUACCUCAUCCCCUUCCUCAAGAAAAGCCUUCCUGCCCUGCGUCAGUCUCUGCUCAGCAGCCAACAGUCUCUGGUGACCGCUCCCCCCCCCACCUCAGCCCCUCCCUUGGCGGCACCUGGAUCCGUCACCGCCGGUGCCGCCAUCAAACCACGGCUGCCCAUUGGACCGACCGGCGGCACUGUCCGGCUGAACACACCGAUCACAAACACUGCGGUAGGUCGACCCGGCGUUCAGCCUGUUCAGACUCGGACUCCUGUGGUCAUCAGUCAGACGUUCAGACCUCCAGGUACGCUGCUACGACCCACAACUAUCGCUGGCAAGACUCCGGUGAACCUGACAGCACAAGCCAAUCAGAAGAAGCUGAGCGACCCGGGGGGCGGGACUUUCAGAGACGACGAUGACAUCAACGACGUGGCGUCGAUGGCGGGCGUCAACCUCAACGAAGAGAACGCUCGUAUCCUAGCAACCAGCUCGGAGCUCGUCGGCACUAAGAUCCGAUCCUGCAAAGAUGAAUCCUUCCUGCCCACGGGCCUGCUGCACCGCCGCAUCCUCGACACAGCGAAGAAGCUCGGCGUGACUGAGGUUCCUCUGGAGGUGGUGAACUUCAUCUCUCACGCCACCCAGUCCAGGCUGCGCUCGCUGCUGGAGAGGGUUUCAGCUGUCGCUCAGCAUCGCACCGACGGGGGGAAGGAUGAAGAACAUUAUGACCAGACGUCAGACGUCCGCUCUCAGCUUCGUUUCUUCGAGCAGCUGGAGAGGAUGGAGAAGCAGAGGAAAGAUGAGCAGGAGAGAGAGAUCCUGCUGAAGGCUGCAAAGAGUCGUGCCAGACAAGAAGAUCCUGAGCAGGCUCGCCUGAAGCAGAAAGCUAAAGAGAUGCAGCAGCAGGAACUGGCUCAGAUGCGACAGCGAGACGCCAACCUCACAGCCCUCGCCGCCAUCGGACCUCGCAAGAAACGCAAACUGGACUCACCUGGAGCCACGAGUGGAACCGAGGUGGCGUCCGGUUCUGGCUCGGCGUCCUCGGCGGCGGCUUCGUCCCGCCAGCAGCUCCGUCAGCGGAUCACGCGAGUUAACCUCAGGGACUUCAUCUUCUGUCUGGAGCAGGACCGCAGCACGGCUCGCUCUCUGAUGCUCUACAAGGCUCUGCUGAAAUGACCCGGUUCUGCUGCUGGUCUCCUGCAGAACCUUCAACACCUGGACCCUCAACUCUCACCUCCACGUUUCUUUGGACAGGACGUCUCAUGUCGGUUCGUCCGGUUUCAGGUGCACGUUGCCUUCAGCUGCAGCUGGUAAAGGAGCACGCCGCCACUUUCAACGUUACACUCCUUAGAUGGUAAAAGCUCCAGAGUUCUACCGCCGACUCACACCGGUUCUGGGGUUCUCUGUUGUUCUGGUACCUGCCUCUGUGUUUGUUCGUCGUUAGGUGUCAUUUAAUUCGAUUAAAAAAAAUUUAUUGAGGAGGACCGAAUGGGAUUUUUG